UCGCAUCUGCUGGUGUGAUGUGCACAGAGCUCUUCUGGAUUCCAUAGUGGUUGCCCUCAAUGUUGCCACUAUCGGUUAGUGUGUGGGAACGCGUCCGCGGCAUGUUCUGCCUACCCGAUUUGCUUGUUCUCUGCUGCCUUUGGGAGUGUGGACUGUCGUUUGGCUAUUAUCUGAAAUAUGCCUUUGCCUAUGACAAUCUAUGGCAGCAUUGGUACUCUCUGCUGGGCGGCAUAAUGGCCUUCGCCCUGGCCCUGAUCUGGACAUUUCGAAAGCACCGCAAGCAGCGCUACAGUUUUGAUCACUACUAUAUCAUAUUCUAUGGACUUCUCUGCCAGCUUUUGAGCAGCUGCUUUAUGCUGAGCAAGCAACUGGCCGUCAGUUACUACUUCAGCUUCAUUGGUCUGGGCAUACUGUACAUUGCAUGCUUCAGCUUUAUCAGCCUCCGGAGCAGCGCGACCGGUGUGCGUCCAGCUCGAAUAGCGUUUGGGAAUGCGGCGCAUGCUUGUGGUCUCUGUGCGGGCUUCAUCAUCUUCAAUGAGUUCGAGCCGCAACACUGCGGACUGAUUGGGCUGAGUGUAGCUCUGCUUCUGGUAGUGGGCGUUUGUCUGAACGAGCUGCUUCAGCAUCUGGGAUGGCACAACUAUAAGCAGAGUCCGGAUCUGGUCUUUCAGCUGCUCAAUGAGGAGCGAUUGGUGUUCCUGCCGCGCCGAGCAAUUCUGGCACAGUUUGUGGAUCGCAACGACCAUCAGUUGCUGCCCAGUCGCCAGUGGCGAGUCCUCUUGCUGGGCGGGAUCGUGAUGUUGUUGCAGCGCUGUUGCUGCAUCUAUUCGCCCGUCUAUCUGCAUCUCAUGUGGAGUGCGACGACAGCUUAUUUGGAGCGGGCUCAGCUGUAUGCGCCUUUCGCCAUCUACGCCGCUGGCUGCCUACUCGGCACACUGCUCCUGCUCCGCUACACACCCAAGCUGGUGUACAUGCUCUUUGGUCUGAUAUUUCUCACGCUGGUGGUGGCUCUGCUGUGCAUUUACGAUGACCAGCAGUCGGAGCACUGCUUCCUCUUUCUCUGCUUCAUCUACACUACGCUGGGCGUCCUGUCCAGCCAUGCUCUCCAGCUGCUGCUCGAGUGCACUCCGUUUCUCUACACGGAACUGGCUCUGGCCACGAGCCUAGCCCUGCAGCUAGCCGUGCUCGAGGGCUAUAAGUACGAGACCCGCGUGGACAAUCAAUGGCGGGCUUUAUUGGCCAGCAGUGUGACAGCCUUGUUGCUGACUCUGCUUGCCGUUCCACUUGUCCAAUGGCUCUUGCCGCAGUCCGCCAGCCUCGUGGAUAUACGGAAUCGACUGUUGGGUGUUCGACGACUGCCGCAACCGGACGCGCAGUCCCAAUUCUGGCGUUCCAACCAAUUUCUGGCCCACGACAAGAGAUCCAACGAGUUCCAGGCUAUCCACGUGGCCAAGAGUCGAGUCUUCCAGCAAUACCCAGCCGUUUCAGACAACGAGAAGUUCUGAUGCAGGCCGUGCCCGUAUUUUUCGAAUUACCGCGAAUCACUCGUCUAUGUACCACAACUUAUUUCUGUGUAAGUUUAUCCCAUUUAGUUAACAAUCUGUAACUAUUUUAUAUACAAAUG